AUGCUCUCCGCCGGGGAACGACCUCAGCCACCGGUCACACCUGCUCUCGUAAACUCGCCGUCCGUCCCCGUGACAAAAGCCCACGUUAUGCCUGAUCUUGAGCCCAACGGUACCUCCGCACACACCGCAAUGCGUCCCCAGAACUCCAAUCAGCUCUCUCCGAUCCAGCACAUCUGGGUUGUGACUGGCCCUGCUGGCUGCGGCAAAAGUACCGUGGGCCAAGCUAUCCGCCAGGAGCUGAACCUACCAUUUUUAGAAGGCGAUGAUUACCACCCCAAAUCCAACAAGGACAAAAUGGGCAACGGCACCCCCCUCACAGACGCAGACCGCUGGGACUGGCUUAUCUCCCUUCGUCAAGCAGCCAUUGAUGCCCUCUCACCCUCGGAGUCUAACAACUUUCACCCACCCGCUGGUGUGGUCGUUGCCUGUUCCGCCCUGAAGCAGAAGUACCGUGACGUAAUGCGCGUUGCCGCGUACGGCUCACCCUCGGUGCAGAUCCACUUUGUUUAUCUCAAGCUCACCGAGGCUGUUCUCAUGCAGCGGGUUAGCCAGCGCCAGUCGCACUAUAUGAAGAGCGAUAUGGUUCGCUCGCAGUUGGCUGCUCUGGAAGAGCCACAGGGCGAAUGGGAUGCCAUCACGAUUAACGUGGAGGGAUCACAGGCAGAUGUGCACCAGAAUGUGCUGCAGGCUGUUAGUGAGAAGCUGAAGGAGUAUUCUUGA